AUGAGUUUUGGAGCCCCCGGCGGCGGCUCGGUGAAUUACAAACCAACACCGCCCGAGCGCGGUAGCUUUCCCCUUGACCACGAAGGCGAAUGCAAGCACAUUAUCUCGGGAUAUCUGAAGUGUAUCAAGCUCAACAAAGGCACCAAUGAUGAGGCCUGUCGCAAAUUGGCCAAAGAAUACCUCGCAUGCCGAAUGGACAACUCCCGCCCUGUGCAGUUCCCCGCAUGGGAAACUGGUUCCGCCCUGCGCACUUCUCCCAAUCUCCAACUCCACACGGAGUCCCCCAGACAGCAAAUGUCGUCAAUCGCCCGGCCACCAGACCCAUGCCUCGUGGCAAUUAUCCUCAUAGUGCGCUCACGUACCGGUCCGCGUCUAGUCUUCCACUACCCUCCGAACCCCCUCAACGAGAACCGCAUCAAAAGCACCACCAAGGGUGGCCGGCGCAUCUCGCGCUCCACCCGCGCGAGACAGGGAUCCAAGAAUACCGAUUCGAGCUCAAGUGAUGAAAGCGGUCUAAGCUCCGACGAAGAUGAAGAAGAAAGAGAUACCCAAAGCCAUGCCGGUGGGAGUUCAGUGUUGGCGAGUCGCCGCGCGAGCAAUUUCGGCCUCGACGAUCAUCUCUCCAUAGUCGGGUCGCCUGCUGCCGGUGGCUCUGAGCGCCCUGGGUCACUAGGCUCUGGUCGGGGCUCCUCGUUUCGGAAACGUGGCGGAGGCUCCGAGCCAGAGCCUGAUGAGGAUGCGGGGACGGCCUCUGACCGACCUGAUGACGGCCCUGGGAGUUCCAGGCCGCCCUGGGAGUCGCUUCUGGGCGUGCCUGGGAGCGUUUGGGAAAAGCUGCUUAGUCCGUCUCGGUCGUGGCACAAGCGGCGCUUCGAGGUUGGGAUCAAUGAUCUGGCGCUUAUUGGGUGGCCGGUCUUUGUGCGCGAGGACGGUGCUUGGCGCAAGCAGCGCCGCAAGAAGAAGAAAAAGUCCGGCCCCGAAUGGGACGGUGGAGAGUUGGGCCACAAUGAGAGUGCGGAGGAGAGCCAGAAGGAGGAGUCAUCGGUGACUUCGCCUGACCUCGGUGCUAGUGUCGCUUCUAUCGCCGAGUCGUUGACUUCCCCGGCGACUAGCAAGCGUGGUUCGACUAGCGGGAGGCCUGGGAAAUCGGAUGAGCCCCUGGAUCCGCAGGAUAAAGACCACAUGACGAUGUUCAAUGUGGUGUUCGUCGUGGAUCCUCCUUUGUUGGAGUAUUCCAUGCGGGUCAAGGAAAUCUAUGAGAAUAUCAUCAAGAAAUUCGCCAAGGCUCUUAAAUGGGAACAGGCUCGGACCGACUAUGUUUGGAGAGAGUCUCAACAUAUCUUGCAGAUGAGAAGGAAGGCACGAGAGACAAGAGACUACACAGAAACUUCGACCAAUAAUCUCUACUCGGAAUUGAUAUCUCAGUCCUCUCUAGCUCGGGCUAUAUACACAGUCUACAGCAGUAUCUCGGCAUCCAAAAUCGCAUCCGUCUCGCUCAGCCCGGACGUUUCCAUCUCGCUUCAGAUUCCACCCUUGACCUCAACACCAUAUCUCACUGGACCUAUGGAUAAAGCAUAUCCGGGUCUGUGGCUCACAACGGCAGACAGUGCAACCCCAGUCGAUGACCCCGGUACCGAUGACAGCAGUACGCCGCACCAGGUCCUUGCAAAGCACUUUGCUCUGCUGCUACUAGACAGCGAAGCGGCCAUCAUCAAGGACGUCGAAGCGUCUGGCGGAGCGCUUGCUCCCGCACUUGCACACUACAUCCGAUGCUCUAAGCCGACCAAGUCCUUUGCACAGAUUUCAGUAUCCUCGGGGAUUCCGUUAUCCCAUAUCCAGAUGCUGUCGAGCCAUCUUGUGUACUGGCGGCGCGCUCGCGCCAUCCCUCCCAUCCACCAACGAGACACCUACAUCGUUUCCCCGAAUUGUGACCUGAGCAAGCUGGAGGUGGCCACAGUCGCUUACCAAACAGCAUUCCCGACAUACCCCAGUCUUCCCAAGAUGCUCUCUACACUCAGUGGCACCCCUCGCCCUUACAGUAAUUUCAUCCCCAGCAAGGACCACAAGGAGAUUUACUUCACCAUUCUGGCCUGGCUCCUGCGCGGCGGCUGGGUCACGCAGCUCCGUACCUUUGCGCGCAUCAAGGUCUCACCCGAAAUCAAGAUGGCCGUGGAGAUGGCCUUGCGCAAGGAGGAGGUUGAACGAUACCUCGCCAAGGGCAACUCAAACUCCAUUCCAGUCGAGGAGGACACCGAAUCGGGCGAUGUUAAUGAUGACGCCAACUCCUCCUCGUCUUCUUCCCUUCAAAGCCACGGCAGUGGAGACGAAACGCCUAUGCCCGGUCGACUCGACCCACACGCUCAACUGCGCUCUUCCCACAAGCUCCUCGAUCAAUCCACCGCUCUCCGACUGUCGUCUUUCAUCCUCUCUCCGCACCGUGCCUCUCCUCUUGAAUCACGGUGGCUGGAUGAGAUCGUCUCCCGAUUUCCCGAUAAUCCCAGACCCCAGCAGGUUGGGGAGACCGUCAGCCCGGAUAUCACGCCCAAGGAUAUCCAGACCCUGCACAAGAAGUAUUGGCCGGUCUUCCUGAAGUAUUUCAAUGGCUAUGACGCCCUGGAGAAAAUCUCCGUGCGUGAGAAUCUCAAGCGUAAGCUCGUCUGGCAGGUCCUCCAGCGUCUAGGGUUGGUGGCUGGACCUCUGGGCUCGGGUGAUGUCGGUCAACGUGAGCAGGUGUUGGUCAGCGUUCGGCAUUGGUAG